CAAAUAAACCAAAAAUCUCACUAUGAAAAAUGUCUGCUUGCCUGUGAAAAAGAAAACAAAAAAAAAAUUGUCAGAUGGUCUUAUAAAGAUCUAUUUUCAAUUGGUCUUUUGAUUAUUUACAUUUCUCUUCAAAUCAUUUCUUAUUUUAUUAAGAGUCCUACUUCAUCUUCUUCCUCUUCUCAUUCCCCUCAUCUUCUCCUCCAUAAGGAGACUAAAAAGCCUAUUUAAUGGCGAGAGGACCCAUCUCCAAGAAUAAACAGUAAUCCUCAUUUAUUGUCCUUACAAAUUUUCUUGAAGACAGAAAAAAAAACUCAAUUCUGAAAAAAAAAAAAACAUUUUACACUACAAGGGUCCCUUUAAUUUUCGCUAAAGAUCUUCAAACCUCAAUCAUGUUCAGCACUUUUUUUUUCUUUUGUAUGUGGAAACAAAAGUUUGCGGUUUUUAACUCUUAAAAGUUAAAAUCAGAGUCCAUCACAAAAGCUCAGUGCUUGAUUGGCUCCACUGUCUCUGCAAAGAAAAAAGUUUGCAUUUUUUUCUGUCCCAUUUCAACCUCCAAAUCUCAGUGGGUUUUGAGAAUCGGUUUUGUACUAGAUUAAGGACAGUGUUAUUUGAUCAAUCAAUGGAGAAAAGGAGAUCACCAAGAAGCAGCAAGAGUCCUGGAACUCCAAUUUUCCCUAAAAGCCCUCUUGUCUACGAGAGUUACAAGUCUGGUUGUGGUUGGAAACUGAUUAACUUCUUCGAUUUCAGACAAGUCAAGUCUGGUAAUAAGAGACUGAGUUCAGACAAGAAAUUCACCAGAGACUCUGCUGGUAAUGUUUAUACUAAAAGCCAGCUUGACUUACUCAAGAGACUUCAUGAGAGAUGUCAGUGUCAUGAUCGGAUUGUGGAAGGAGAGAGUCCAUGUAAGAGUAAAACGAGGAGAAGAUCUUUUAGUUCUGAAAGAGAAGAUGAGAGCUAUGAACCAAAACCUGUCCAUGGAUUACUAGAGAGGGAGAUAAAGAGGAUCAAGAAUCUAAGGGAGGCAACUAGUGAAAUCCCUGAUAAGCAAAAGCAAUCUUCUUCCAGUGAAAUUGAGAAGACAAAUGAUAAGGAUCUGAAGAAUGGGAGAGAUUGUAGGAAGAGUUCAGAGAUUAACCUUCAAGUUUGUGUGAAUGAAGCAGCUGAAACUUUGAUCUGUUCCAAGGCAGAGGAGAAAGGAAAAGACCGGUCUAAGCAGUUCAUGGAAGCAUUAGAUAUUCUAAGCUCUAACAAAGAACUGUUCAUUACACUCUUACAAGAUCCUAAUUCAUUCUCAGCCAAAAAGGGUCAAGACUUGGAGAGACCUAGGGUGAAAGAACGGCGUGAUAAAUCUCAUUCAGUGGCUGAUGAUUUGGAUGAGAUUGUUCUCCUGAAGCCUAAACUAUCAAGCUCGGUUGACGAUAGAAAGUACUUGAGAUUCAAACAUCUAGCCAAGAAGUUGAAGCUUGUUGUUGGAUCUAACAAAGACAGCAACCAUGCAGAAAUUAAAGCUAAAGAAACCGAGGCUUCUGGUGAUGUUUCUAGCAGUGCAGUUGGCUAUAGAAGCCCGGAGUCACCGAUGUUUAGGCGCAAGAAGCGGGUUGAGUCUGAUGUCUUCAAGCUAAGCAUGGAGAACGAUGUUCUGCCAAGGAGAUUCAUGGUGGAAAGGCAACAGGAGAGAUCAGAUUCUUCGCCGGUUUAUGAAGUUCCUAAAUCACUAAAUAGCUUACAGACAAAACUCAAAGAGAGAAGAGAGAGGCUGGAGAAGAGAAGAGAGAGCUUCAAGCUGUGGUCCUUGGACAAGGACUUGGAGGUUUUCGAUCCAAAUCCGCACAACUCCAGUUUAAGGUCUCUCAACGACAACAGUACAGGUUCUGCUGAAUACACAAGCGUGAGAACUCCUGUAGAAGAUCUAGAGAGCUCAUCAGCUGAGUCGAGUUCGAGACUAGAAAGACAGGAACAGGAGCAGGAGCAACCGAGUCCUGUCUCAGUUCUAGAGAGGAUUCAUAUGUUAGACGAAACAGUUAGCUCCAGAAACAAAGAGCAGAUUGGAUUGUUAUCUUUCGAUCUUCUCGAGAAAGACUCUGUUCAUGAGUUUGUGAAGCAAGUCCUACAAGCUUCAAGACUAAACUGGACUAAUCUUAUGGCCAAAUGCAACCAAGAAACAUCACUGCUCGACGAAUUCUCACACGGCGAUCACAACAACGACCAGCUUCUUCUUGUUCUUGACUACACAGACGAGAUUCUCCGAGAGAUAUACCGUCAAGACAUCAUGUUUUGGCCUUUCAAGCCAUCUCAGAGCUCGAGAGUCGUCAACCUACCAGCUUCCUUUAGAGAAGAAGAUCUGAUACACGAGACUAUGAGACGCUUUGACUGGAGUUUACUCUGCUGUGACUCUCCAAGAACAUUGGAUCAGGUCGUUGAGGUUGAUCUGAUGAAGCCAUGUCUUUGGUUGGAUUGUGGUGGAGAAUCUGAAGGUGUAGUCUCUGAUGUCGUUGAAAAUAUUAUGCAAGGGUUGGUGCUUGAGAUAUCUCAUGAGCUUAGAACAAUGCAAUCUGAAUCUCUAUGGACGAACUAUUAAACAUUUUUUUUUGGCUAUGUAUAUAAAAAAUUCAGUUUGAAAAUAUAAUCUUUGCCAUAGAAGAAUGAAGAGUACAAGCUUGAGUUUAAAUAAAGAAGAGAGUCAUUUGUAGUGAGGUUGUGCUUUUUAUGUAAUUGUAGACGCUAAGAGUCUUUGGACGAUCGUGAUGAGAUCUUAGAUA